AUGUUGAUCACCAGCCGCGACAUCGAACUAAACCUGACGAGAAUCGAAUCCAAGUGCAAAGCCAAGCCGAUCGGAACCGGAACUAAGAUGAAACUUUGGCAAAUGUGCAGCCUGUCGCUGCUAGUCCUGGCCAGCUGUGUGGACUUUGCCCAGCCCUCGCUGCUGGGUUUGAAGAAGAAGCUACUUUUUGGUGGUGGUGGCAUCGGCGGAGGCUGGGGAGGAGGCGGCGGCGGUGGAUUCGGCUGGGGUGGAGGCGGAGGAGGCGGCUUUAACGGCGGAGGUGGUGGCUAUCACGGAGGAGGCGGUGGUGUUUAUAAUGGAGGAGGCGGUGGUGGUUAUCACGGAGGAGGCGGUGGUGGUUAUCACGGAGGCGGCGGAGGAGGCUAUCAAGGAGGAGGCCAAGGCCACGGAGGUGGCAGCACUAUCGAUGUCUACAUUGUAAAGCCCGUCUACAGUGGAGGAGGAGGAGGUGGCCACCAGUGGGGUGGUGGCGGCGGUGGCCAUGGCGGAGGAGGCUACCACGGUGGCGCAGGAGGUGGCUACCACGGUGGCGGUGGAGGUGGCUACAAUGGAGGUGGUGGUUACCAUGGAGGCGGCGGUGGACAACCCACACAGUGGGGUGGCGGCGGUGGUGGAUCCGGCGGCAGUGGCUCCUAUGCCAGCAGCAGCGCCAACAGUUGGAGCUACGGAGGAGGAGGUGGCAACAAUGGCGGCGGCUGCCACUCGUGUGGAAACGGUGGCGGCGGUGGAGGUAGUGGCGCCUAUGCCAAGGCCUCGGCCAAUGCCUAUGCAGGAAACUGGUAA